CACGAAUACUUUCCCUCCAGACGCCAUAUUGAUUCGAUGGUGAAUCUUUUUGGUAUUUGACAAUAUUGCUGAAGUGAUAUUUUCAAACUUGUGUCAUUCGAUCAUAUUAUUUUCGCUUUUAGAGUGCUGUGUACUAAAAUGGAUAAUUGAUUUCCAUUUAGUGGACGUUUUGAAGAAUUUUUCAUACUUAUUAUUAAAACAAACACUCUUCAUGAACGACUUCAGCACUUCACCGCUGGUGCAAUUCGCUUCAAUUGAACAAGGUGGUAGAGUUCGUAAAACUCCUGUAGCCUAUCUACAGACAGAGGAGACAAAAGUAAGAAGGACUAGAAGUUCCAAACAGGUGCCCAUCAUGGCUGAUGGGGUAACCUCAAUCAUUCCUAAAUCCAACAAAGGACCAAAACGUCCACGAAGUGUUGUAUGGUAUUAUUUUGACAAGAUUCUUAAUGAGCCACAGAGAGCCAGGUGCAAAAUGUGUGGUGCUACCUGCCAUCAUGCUAACAACACAUCGAAUCUGUUUAAGCAUCUACGUGUUAAACAUCCAUCAACGUAUAGAGAGGCUGAGAGUCAACGAGAGGCAGAGAUGGAGUUGUAUUUAGAACUGAAAGCCAAAUCUGGUAAACCAAUUAUUCGUCCAGGAAUCCGUGGCAGGCGUCCCAAAGCUCUGACAGCUAUUCCUAUAGUGAAAGCAGAGGAAACUGUUUUGCUUAACAACAGUCCUAGGGAAACACUGGUUGUUAGAAAAUCAUAUGGUGCUGAAAAAGUUAAGCAAACUAUGACCAGGGCUUUACUAAAAAUGAUAACUGUUGAUCUGCACCCAGCAUCUAUUGUGAAUGGGAAAGGUUUCCGUGACUUUGUGAAGUCUCUAGAUUCACGAUAUGAAAUUCCUAGUAAGAAAGUCAUUGUUAAGAACCUUCUUUCAGAACUAGCUGAAGAGACCAAGCAUAAAAUAAAAUUAGAUGUUGUGAUUGCUUCAUAUUUUGCAUUAACUGUGGAGACAUGGACAUACAGGGAUUCCCAAAUAUUUAUGACUUUAUCUGCCCACUUUAUAAAAGACUCAUGGGAAAUGUCAAGCAUCGUGCUGGAAACUUUUGACUGCACAGAAGAAAAGACAGAGACAAAUAUAGCAACCAGCUUUAAGAGGAUAACUGAGGAAUGGGGAAUAACUGACAGAGUAAUUGCGCUAGUUGCUGACAAUACUGAGGAUGUUAUACACAGUGCUGCUUUAGUAAAUGGAUGGGAAGAACUAGUUUGCUUUGGACAUACUAUAAACAUUGUUAUCACAAAUGCCCUAACAUCUGUUGCAGAGCUAGUUCGUAUUCAAAAGAAAACCAGUGAUGCAGUUGCUUACUUUGAGAAAAGCACCAAAGCUGCAGACACUCUAGCAGCUGUUCAGCAGCAGCAUAGCUUGCCAGUUCAUAAGCUGAAACAGGAAAACCUUAGAUACUGGACAUCCACAUAUGCCAUGUUUGAGAGGAUGGUGGAGCAAUAUGAAGCAGUCAAUACUGUACUCUGCUUCUUGGGCAAAGACCACAUGUGCUUGUGUGAUGAUGAGGUGGAGCUAAUCAGAAGUGUUGUGGAGGUGCUGAAGCCAUUUGAAGCAGCCACCAAAGAGCUUUGCACUGAGCAGUAUACUUAUAUGUCUAAAGUUAUACCCAUUGCCACUUUGUUACAACAGGUAACAUCUGUUGGCAUUGCCACUCUUCCAGGGCCACAGUCUGCUUUGAAAAAUGCACUCAUCACUCAGAUGCAGCAGCUGUUUGCCAAUGUAGAAAACAACUAUAAGUUGGCAGUAUCCACUUUGCUUGAUCCUCGUUUUAAGCGUCAUGCUUUUACUGACCUAUCAGCAUUAGACAUAGCUCACCAACGCUUGCUAAAUGAGCUUGCAACAGUUGUGCAAAAUUCAGAUACUCCUUCUUUAGGCAAUGAUGCUGCUUAUGGAAAUGACCCUACUGGUUCAUUUUGGAAUAUGUUUGAUCGUAAAGUGUCAGAGGCAGGUGCCAUGAAGACAUCUGCCUCUGAGGCUGACAAUGAAACUCGUCGUUAUUUUAAAGAGGCCAAUAUUCCUCGCAAUGCCAACCCAUUGACUUGGUGGAAACUAAAUGAAGUUCAGUUCCCUAACCUCAAGGUUUUGGCGCAGAAGUACCUAUGUAUACCAGCAACAUCAACCGCUUCCAACCAGCUGUUCACCAAAGAAGGGGAUGUGAUUGCUUACAAAAGGGAACAGAUUAAGCCUAACAUUCUUCACACAAUGUUAUUUCUGAAUAAAAACCUUGCUUGAGUCUUCAAGUGCUAUAUAAUUGUAGCACCUUUUGCAAUAUAUACAGCAUUAAACUUGAGAAAAAAAAUUCCCUCAAAUACAUUUUAACAUUGGUAUUUGCUAGGAUUACAAAUGCUUUAUACACAGUCUGAAUGUGUUAGAGAUUAUGAAACUUGUUUAACUGCCAAGUUAUGUUGAAUGCAUUUCUGCCUUAUAUCUAUCUAAAUUGUGUGUUAAAACAUUAUAAUCAAAGAUUGUUUAAAGGAAAAAAAACAACUGAGUUAUAAACAUAUAAUAACACUGUACAUUUAACAUUACUUUUAUUCUUUUGUAUUUUUUCUUUGAAGCAAUCAAGUUUAUACAACUAUCCAAGCUUGUACAUAAAUUUAUGCAUAUAAAGGAAAAAAGUUUGAUCAUCUACGUAAACAUUGGUCACCGCUUCCAGCAUUCUGUUACUGUUGCUAUAUAUAUACCAUGUGACAGCCUACAUAAGAAUCCAUUUGCAAUUUGAAUGCCAUUGAUACCUAAUUACAGAAUAUUCAUUUCAACUUGAUGUCCUUCUCUUAGCUUAUAUUGGUGGACCUGGCAUUGAUUGAACUUAAACUUGCUGCUCACAUUUUGUUCAUGCACCUCACCUUUUUUUCCAAUUGUUGAUCACUGGCUGCCCAACAAAUUUGUUAUUGGAUUCUUUUAACAUAAAGAUACUCUCCAGUAUUACAAUAUAAUUUAGUUGUUUUUUUUUUCCAUGAGAUGAUUUGAUCUCCUAUGAUGCAGAACAUCUGUGAGGGAAAUGUUUCACAAUAUAUAUGUGACAGUGUAUAGAGUAAUAUAUUUUGAUCUCACUGUAAAUGACAAGAAUAAGCCCAGAUUUAACUAAACCCUGGUCUUUCCCACUAUGUAUGUUUCUGAAUGUUUGAAUGUUUCAGUCCACUCAGGAACUAGAAAUCUAGUAAUUUUUUUGUUUCUGUAGCUGUUUUUGUAUUUUUGUUUUCGUAUCAUUUAAAAUUUUUUUUUUUUAAAUAUUACUAUUAUUUUUGAUCUUUGAAGUAACUAGCAAUACAAUGCUUCAAAGUAAUUAGUAAUACAAUGUUAUGAAGUAAUUAGUAAUACAAUGCUUUGAAGAAAUUAGUAAUGCUAUGCUUAGUUUAUGAUAAAAUUUAAUUAUUGUGGCAUUAGUUGUAACAUUCUAUGCAUGCAGUGUUUUUGUAAUAGGCAAUAGUUAAAACAAAUGUGAAGCUAAGUACUGUAACAAUGAUGAAUGGGUCAAUGACCCAGCCAGUCACACCCCAACCUUGCAAUAUUUGUGGGACUGGUUAGAAUUACUUAACAAAAAGAUUAUUUUUUUUGUUUGCCAGGUCCUGUGUUGCUGCUAGGUGGAGUUGUGAAGUCUUAGGAUUCAUAGUUUGUGCCCUGAUCAGGAUUGCCCAUUAUUUCACUGUAUUUUUCUCACCAUUUUCUCAUAGCCUUGAAAUAGUGUAGUCUUAAUUACACACUAAUUUACACCAAGGUCAGGAUGUCGUGAAGCACAUGAAUUUUCUGUUAACAUGGUUUGUUUGAUUGCCUAAUUGGUAGAGGCUUAGAAGGCAGUAAACAUUUGUGUUUGACUUGAAACUAAUACUAAUCAUUUUGAUAUUAUCAAAUCAAACUCAAAAUAUUUGUUAAGUAUGCGAGCAAGUGAUGUCGUAUAUAUUCAAGAUUUGGUUUAUCUAUUUAUUCAUUAAGAUUCAUUUAUAACAUUGUUUUCUAUGCCUUUGUUCUUAAUUCUUGGUGUGAACCCUUUCCCCAGCAACCUACUGUAUUCAGCAUAUAGAUAUGUUGCUGAUGUUUCUAUUCCAAAUAUCCUUUUAGAUACUUUUUGUAACCUCAGCCUAAUCCUUUAUGUAGUUAAAAUAAAUGAAGGGUGUAAAUGUAUAAUAUGAAGAAAAAAAAAACAUUUGGGAAAGUCAUUUGUAUUUAUACAGUCCCUGUCUUCUGGGUUUAAUUUAUUAAGAUAGUAUAAUACACUAAUAGCAUAUUGCAAACAUUUUUUUAGAAAUUUAUCAGUAUAGUUUAAUUAAAAUAUUUAACAUACCUAUAUUUUAAAGCUCAACACUAAAAAGAAGGUCUUCAUGUAUACAACAGGAGAGAUGUUUGUUUGUUUGAGCUAGCUAGUUAGUGUUUCUAAUGUUUGUAAAAUGUCUGGUUUCCCAUCUUUGUAUCAAUGUAUCAUAGUGAUUCAUAAUUUGUGUUAGACUGAGACUAUGGUACAAACAAUUUGAAAUGCUUAUUGUCAGAACAAAAUAGAAGACUUGUAGGAUAUGAUUAAUUAAUCUUUACUGCAAUUAAUGCUAAUUGAAGAUCAUUGAAAAAGAUUAUUAAAGGUUGCCUAUUUUUCCCUUUUUUUUGUCUUACAUUAAAUAUCUUAGUAGCUAUUUAAUCAUGACAUUUACAACACUUUUGGUGUCUUAAGGUUGUUUGUUAAUCUCGUUUUUUUUUUUUAAGUUGUAUACGUAUCAUGCACAUACUGUUUUGCUUUUGAAUCUGGUAAAAGUGUUUUAUUCAAGGUCUGAAUUUUACUUAAACUCAUUGAGGGAAUCUGUCUGACUUGACAUGAAAUCUCUAGUUGUUUUUUUUUUUCUAUUCUAAUACAGAUGAACACAUUAUUAUUGGCUGUUGGUUUUGCAGUUAUAGAUGAGUGAAAAAACUGGUUUUGCGAUUAGGUCAUUAAACAAUUUCCCUAAAAUCACUUGUAAAAUACACAUCCUGUUCUUUAAUCCUGUUCUUGAAUUACUUUUUACCUCCCUAAUCUCAGAUUCUGACAGAUUCAAAAGGAUAGUUUGAUUACAAUACACAUGCCCAGAAUGACUAUGAAGAGUACCAUAUUGUUAUCCGUAUUUUUGACAUAAAUAUAUAAUGUUCCUAUAUUCUGUCAAAGCAUAUAAUUCUCCACCUCUUUGUUAUGUUCUUCCCAUCAGUUUUGUUGUACUCAACCAACCUUAUGUAUCUAAAUUUUCUCUUUAGUCUUCCCGUUUUCUUACACCAAGGGUUCCACUCUUAAGAAGUACUUCUGGUUUUGGUGUUAAAAAUAUUUCAUGAAGGUGUAUCCAUACAUUUUUUAGAGGCCACACAUCUCUCAGCUUGAUGUUUUCUCCCUAAUCACACCAUGUAAUUUCUUCAUCUGUUAAUAGAGUCUAUGAAUCUUGCAUCCAAUAUUGGAUCGAAACAUUUACAAUGUUUAUAAUGUAGCAACAUAAAUUUAGGCUGAGACAGUGGCUGCAAUUAUUGAGACAUGAGACAAUUUAAAAGUGCAGCCAGGCAUUUUUGUAACAGUAUUCAUGCAAACUUGAUUGCAUGUUAACAUUAUUGAGCAGUAGCUCUUAGUGGCAUCUAGCCCAAUGAAAUAUUUUACACACUUAUUCUUUUCAUCUGCUGAGCAGUAGGCUGUGUAUUUCACAAAUACAUUUCUUAUAUUUACUAGUUAGAGAUUUAAGCCAUUAUUAUGCAUUGCUGAUAUAAUUAGUUGUGGAUGGUUUUUGUCUUGUUAGAAGUUUAACAUUUACAUUGCAAAGUAUUGGCAUGCAAACAUUGGCAACCUAUAAGGCUAUGCAUAAAUAGUUGUUUUUUUUACCUGUUAAGCUAGUGAUUCAAAUUGUAGAGUUCUACUCAGUAAAAAAAAAAAAAAAAGUUAUUUUUAACAUAUAAUAAUGUAGUUUUCGUUUGAUAUUGGACUUAUUCUUUAACUUUAAGGAAACAAUAUGUUAAAUUUUUGUUGUAUGCAAAUUUAUUUGAUCCUCAGGAAAAGUUGUUUCGUUUAUUGUCCAUAUAUUAUAUGUUGAUUAAUUAAUAUAUAGAUAGUUUAAAAGUAUAGCUAGGACAUAUGUUUUUUCCUGCAACAUGUGACUUCACAUUAGCAAAAGAGUUUGUGUGCAUUUUUAAAAAUAGAUUUCACUUUAGAAUUUAAGUUUUAAUAUUAAGCUUUAAUUUUCAUAAAUAUUUUAUGGAAUUUCAAAGAAACUUCAUUAUAAUAACUCUUCCUCUCUGUAAUUAUUUUCCAUUUUCUGACCAAAUUAUUCAUUUUGCCCAUUUGUAGUUCACUACCAUGUUAUGAUUAAACUUCAAUAUUUUUUUUUAUCAGAAAAUGUUAUAUUUGGGAUAGAAUUAAAGGGGAAUACAUGCCCUUUUUAUGUAACACUAAUUAAUGUUUAGAAAACCAAAAAUUAAUUUAAUAGUGGAUUAUGAAUUAAAAAUACAAACUGUGGGCAAGUCUCAUUGGAUCUAGGUCUAGACUAGAUUUAAUUAAUAUUUUAUGAUCCAAAUUUCAAUGAAAUUUAUCCAUAUUUCACAAGACUUAUAGAACAUAUUUAAAACACAAAAUAAACAACUUCAGCUUAUUAUUCAUGUCUGCAGGAUAGAAACAAUGAAAAUUGACAGAUUGUGAACUAUUCAACUAGCUCUGGCUCUGGACUAGAUCUAGGUAGCAUAUUAUCAUCCAAAUACAUUUAUAUUUAAAACACAUAAAAUGAGUGUCUUGAACUCAUUACCAUAUUCCAUGUUAUUAAUAUCUGGAAUAUUAAUCUAAAGAAACAAGAAACUAUAAUAUCCCCCACUCUUGAAAAAAAAUGUUCUUGGUAAAAACACAUUGAAAAGUAAACAUUUGUAUGUUUUAAAGAAAAAAAAUAAAUUUCCCCUUUCAGACCUUGCGAUUUAUCGGACAGAUGUUGUAAAGGUCUGUGGCCAACGGUUUUCGAGGGUAUCAUGUGGCCAGCAUAAUGACUAACCGCAUUUACUUUCCCCAAUUAAUGUUGGGUACCCAAUAGAGGCGUCCAAAGAUCUCGAAAUUCAAAAUCCCAGUCUUCACCAGGAUUUGAACCUGGGACCCCGUUUGGAAGCCAAGCACUUUACAGCUCAGCCACUGGGCCUCCUUGAAUGUUUUACAAUGGGAAAAUUAAAAACAUUUUGGGUUGGAAAAAAAACAAUUUUCAAAGUAUUGACAAUAAUAUUGUUGAUUUGACUGAAAUGACAGGGUAAAAUCAACGAUGGCAUCAUUGAUUCCUAUGGCCUCCUCCACCAAGCGACUAUGGAUCAUUUUAUGGAAAUGAGAUGACUGGACAUUAGCCAUGGACGGAAUGAUGUCACGCACACAGCAGUUCCCCCUCUUCAUGCAGAUGAUAUAUCCAAAGUAAAUUGUUGAUUAGGAAAGCAUUAAAUGAAGAUCAAGGUGUCAUUAAUAUAAUAAAUUGGGAAUUUAUUACAUUUCCAACUUUUUAUACUAAUUGAGUUUUUAAUAUAAAGGAAUCCGAUAUAAUGAAGUUUGACUGUAAUGAGCUUAAUGUUUUCUAAAAAUGUAUAAAACUUUAAUUCAUUAUUAGUAUUGAUUUUGUCUUAGAAUGUUUUAUGUUAUUGUUUUUUUCCAUCUUUGACAAGGCAUGUCAGGUGACAUUUUUAUUUAAACAUGUUUGUGUUUUAUUGAUUUUAAAUUGCUGACAUUAUGUAUGGAGUGUGUGUGUUAUGUAAAUACAUUUAAUUUAUUUAAAAAAUAUUUAAAUAAAGAAUUAAAAUAAAUUUUAUCACUUCUACAAAGA